AUGCUCUCACGCACACUCCGCUCAAGCACAUUUGGCAGAUUCCCAAGGGCAGUAGCCACGCCUAAACUCGCCACCAGAUUGCAAUCCAACGGUCGCGCAACUGGCCCAGUGGCUGGUAUCGACUUGGGUACAACCAACUCGUGUGUCAGUAUCAUGGAGGGACAAACCCCACGUGUUCUCGAGAACGCCGAGGGUGGCCGCACCACGCCUUCCGUCGUUGCCUUCUCCAAGGACGGCGAGAGACUCGUCGGUGUCCCUGCCAAGCGCCAGGCUGUCGUCAACCCAGAGAACACGCUUUUCGCUACUAAGCGUCUGAUCGGUAGAAAAUUCUCAGACAAAGAAAUUCAGAACGAUUUGGACCAAGUUCCUUACAAGAUCGUUCCUCACUCCAACGGCGACGCCUGGGUUGAAGCCCGUGGCCAGAAGUUCUCGCCUUCCCAAAUUGGUGCUUUCGUCGUUGAGAAGAUGAAGGAGACCGCUGCCAACUACCUCGGCAAGCCAGUUAAACACGCCGUCAUUACCGUUCCUGCCUACUUCAACGACUCACAACGUCAAGCCACCAAGGACGCCGGUACUAUCGCUGGUCUCGAGGUCAUGCGUGUCAUUAACGAGCCAACCGCCGCUGCUCUCGCUUACGGUUUAGAGAAAGAAGAGUCUGGUGUCAUCGCUGUCUACGAUUUAGGUGGUGGUACCUUCGAUAUCUCCAUCCUCGAGAUGCAAAAGGGUGUCUUUGAGGUCAAGUCCACCAACGGUGACACUCACCUUGGUGGUGAAGAUUUUGAUAUCGCCCUCGUCAACCACAUCAUUGGUGAAUUCAAGAAGUCUGAUGGUGUUGAUCUCACCAAGGACAGAUUGGCUGUUCAGCGUGUCAGAGAGGCUGCCGAGAAGGCCAAGAUUGAGCUUUCCUCCGCUUCACAAACCGAAGUCAGCUUGCCUUACAUCACUGCUGACGCCUCUGGUCCAAAGCACCUUAACCUCAAAAUGAACCGCUCUCAAUUCGAGAAGAUUGUCGGUCCACUUGUCGAGCGCACCAUCUCUCCAUGCAAGAAGGCCCUCGCUGAUGCAGGCGUCAAGUCAUCAGAAAUUAACGACGUCAUCUUGGUCGGUGGUAUGACUAGAAUGCCAAAGGUCAACGAAACCGUUAAGGGUACCUUCGGUCGCGACCCAUCUAAGGGUGUCAACCCAGAUGAGGCUGUUGCUAUGGGUGCUUCUAUCCAGGGUGGUGUCUUAGCUGGUAACGUAACUGAUAUCUUGCUUUUGGAUGUUACCCCACUUUCCCUUGGUAUCGAGACUCUUGGUGGUGUGUUCACCAGACUCAUUACUCGUAACACCACCAUCCCAACCAAGAAGUCUCAAGUCUUCUCUACCGCUGCUGACGGUCAAGGCGCCAUCGAAGUCAAGAUCUACCAGGGUGAAAGAGAGUUGGUCAGAGACAACAAAAUGUUGGGCAACUUCCAAUUGGUCGGUAUCCCUCCAGCACCAAAGGGUGUCCCACAGAUUGAGAUCACUUUCGACAUUGAUGCUGAUGGUAUUGUUCACGUCAACGCCAAGGACAGAGCUACAAACAAGGAUCAAUCUAUGACCAUCUCAUCAUCAUCUGGUCUCUCCGAGAAGGAGAUCAGCUCUAUGGUUGAAGAGAGUGAGAAAUUCGCUGAAGCCGACAAGGAGCGUAGAAACGUCAUCGAGAUGGCUAACAGAGCCGAGUCAAUUGCCACCGACACUGAGAAAGCACUCAGUGAAUUCGCCUCUCAAAUUAAUGAAGAGGAGGCAAACAAGGUCAGAGAAUCUGUCGGCAAGCUCAGAGAAAUUGGCACAAAGGCACAAAGCGGUGAGGAAACUUCUUCGGAAGACAUCAAGAACCAAAUCGACGAGACCCAACAAGCUUCCCUUAAGCUCUUCGAACAGGUCUACAAGAACAGACAGGCCAACGAGGGCGAGCAGAAGCCAGAGGGUGAGGAGAAGAAGGAGUAG